AUGAUAAGGAAGACAAACUACUGGAGUGAGAUGAAUCUAACAUGGGCGUGGAGGUUCUGGGAUGCAUGGGCUGUUCGGAUACUGGUUCUACUAAGUUUUGUUUUACAAGUCAUUCUUUCUUUAUUUGGAAAUCAUAGAAAGUAUACAACGUCAUUAUGGAUCAGUGUCCUAGUUUGGGUGGCGUACUUGAAUGCGGAUUGGGUGGCAACUAUUGCCCUCAGCAAGAUCUCAGAUGCUGAAGGUAACAAGUUAUGGGCCACAUGGGCCACAUUGCUUUUGCUACAUCUUGGCGGCACCGAGAGCAUAACUGUUUAUUCUUUGGAAGAUAAUCAGUUGUGGAUGAGACAACUUAUGGGAUUCGUGGUCCAAAUGUUUGUGGCGAUUUACGUUAUUGGAAUGUCGUGGAAUAAUUCAUACCGAUCGUUUGUUUCGCUUACGGCAUUCGUAGCGGGAAUCGCCAGGUACUGGGGUAGAACAUGGGUUCUCAGGUGGGUGAGUGGCAAUAAAUACAUAGAUAAUUUACCCGUAGAUCAUCUUGGAGAUAAUAAUUAUUUCACCCAGCGUGAUAAUGAAUACGUGCAUGUUUUAGUCGUGGCUCAUGAACAUCUGAAGGCAUUCAUGAAAUUUCUGAAGCAUCGGGGCACUCAAAACGAACAUCUGUCGAUGCUUUCCCCCCGUAUGAAUGUUGCUAGUAGAAUCAUGUGGGAUGCAGUGGAGGUUAAAAUGGGACUCAUGUAUGAUUUGUUAUACACAAAGGCAAGCCGAGUAUACGGUAAGUGGGGUUUGAUUUUCCGUUUUUUCAGCUUUGCAUGUACGGAGAUUGUGUUGAUAGCUCUAUGGGAUCAGUUGCACGUAAGAAAACAUGGUUUAUGGAUUCACCUCGCACACACUAACUUCGAUAAGAUGGACGUUGUGGUCACGUGGGUAUUAAUGGUAGGAGCUCUAAUUUUGGAGACUUAUGCAGUCACUGUAAUGUAUUGCUCCAAUAAUUGGAUGACGCUUUGGCUAAUUAAGGUAGGUGGUCGGGAUUUGGUGAUAUGGUGGAGUAAUAAAAUACCUUCAUGGCCUUUCAAUAAGGGAAAGAACUGGUCUAACAUGAUGGGGCAGUUUGAUCUACUUGGUUAUUGGCUCAGCCUCAAAGUUAGAGAGACUGAUGUUCGAGGUCUAAGUAGAUCAAAGAGAAUCAGUUUGGUGGUAGGGAGAAUAAUCAGGUCGGUGUUCGGGCAUGAAUAUGAGGAGAAGUGGAAUAUAUAUCUACACAAGACUGCAAUUCCUGUACGUCCUUUGGCAUAUAACGCGAUUUUACAUCUUUGGAAUCCUCAGAGUAGUUAUAGACGAUUGUUCUUCUUACGCGAUGAUGAUGAUCAUGAUGGUCAACUGAGAGCCAUUUGGAAUAUAUUAAACCAAAGUAACACUUUUGGCGGGGCGUUUCAGGCGAAAAUCAUGUGCUUGCACCUCACAACGACAAUAUGCUGCCACAGAGAAACGGAAACAAAUGAUGGAUCCAAUUCCCCGUGGAAGCAAAACAGGAAAGUGUCCAAAGCUCUGUCAGAUUACAUGAUGUAUCUACUCAUAGUGAACCCUUCACUGUAUCCCAUUGAUGGAUCAGACGUGUUCUCAAUGAAUCCUUCACUAUUUCCCAAUGAUGGAUCAGAAACGUUGGUCGGGAAUAUCGACUAUCUGGAUUCUCUUAUAGGGAAUACAGGGGAAGUACGCGGGGCUUGCGAUCAUUUGCUGACGCAUGGGUCAAGUGCAUGGUGUGGAGUUGUUAGAAGUUUGGUUACAAGAUUGGAAAGAAUUAAUGAACAGGAAACGAGAUGGGAAAUAAUGAAGCUAAUGUGGUGGAGGAUGCUACAGACUGCAGCUAGCGAUCCAAAAAUAGGAGGCAUUCGUCAGAAAGAUGCCCACUUCCAGGGAUUAAGUCAAGGAGGCGAGCUUCUCACUUUCAUUUGGUUCUAUUAUUCCCCGUAA